GCCAAUAUUUGGACCUGGCGGUAGCAGAUAUAUACCUGGCCGCAGCCGCAGGUGAUUGCCCAUGGAAUCAGCUCGGCUCGGACAACUGUCACUUCCUUCUGUGUUCAUCUCUUCUAUGGUGAUCAGUCACUGUCAGGAAUCAGUCCUCGGGCCAUUCUCUCUCCUACCCUCCCUCCCUCGGUCGAUUGCCUCUGAUUCUCCGCCGCAAUGGAAUCACCGGAGUCAAAGCAGGCGGCGGGGAGAAGCUACUGGAGAUGGAGCAAGGAGGAUUUCUUCCCGGAGCAGUCAUUCGAGAACCUCGCAUCCUACAAGGCCGCCUUAUCCCAGACCGGCCACCGCCUCAAGGACCGGUUCCUCAGUCGCUCCACCCAGGAGAUGGAGAUGGUGGAGCUCCGGCGGCAGAGCGAGAACGAGAUGAAGCGCUGCCUCAACUGGUGGGACCUGGUCUGGCUCUGCUUCGGCUCCGUCGUCGGCUCCGGUAUCUUCGUCAUCACCGGCCAGGAGGCCCACGACAAUGCCGGCCCCGCCAUCAUCCUCUCCUACGCCAUUUCCGGUUUAUCUGCAUUGCUCUCUGUGUUUUGUUACACCGAAUUUUCAGUUGAAAUCCCGGUUGCUGGGGGUUCUUUCUCAUUCCUCCGGAUCGAGCUGGGCGAUUUUGUCGCCUUCAUAACUGCAGGUAACAUCCUGUUGGAGGCCAUAGUGGGUGCUGCUGGGUUAGGCAGGUCCUGGACGUCCUACUUAACGAGCAUGUUCAAUAACAACACCGAUUUCUUGAGAAUCGAUGCGACGGGGCUACCGGAAGGUUUCAAUCUGCUUGACCCUAUCGCUGUGGUCGUUCUCUGGAUUGCUAACAGCAUUGCGAUGUACGGAACACGACAGUCCUCUGUUCUUAAUUGGAUCGCUUCCGUGGUCAGUGCUGGGCUCAUUGUGUUCAUCAUAGUAGUAGCAUUCACGCAUGCAAAUACAUCGAAUUUGGUUCCAUUCUUUCCUUUCGGAGCUGGUGGAGUCUUUCGAGCUGCAGCUGUUGUGUACUGGUCUUACACGGGCUUCGACAUGGUAGCAACUUUGGCCGAGGAGACAAAGAAGCCAUCAAGAGACAUACCCAUCGGGCUCGCAGGAUCUAUGUCUCUGAUCACUGUGGUCUACUGUCUCAUGUGUUUGGCUCUGACCAUGAUGGUGAAAUAUACUGAGAUAGAUAGGAAUGCUGCCUUUUCGGUUGCCUUCGCUGGCAUAGGGAUGAAUUGGGCCAAGUAUGUUGUCAGCCUGUGUGCACUCAAGGGAAUGACUUCGAGCUUGCUUGUCGGGGCUCUGGGCCAAGCACGGUAUAUGACACAGAUUGCAAGGGCCCACAUGAUCCCACCUUGGUUUUCUCUUGUGCACCCAAAAACCGGGACUCCGAUAUACGCCACUCUACUGGUGACAGUUCUCAGCAGCGUCACAGCCUUCUUCUCAAGCCUCGAUGUUCUCUCGAGUGUCUUAUCCUUCAGUACUCUGUUCAUCUUCAUGCUCAUGGCCAUUGCUCUGCUCACCAGGAGAUACUAUGUCAAAGAUUCUACUCCGACAAAUCAUCUCAGCAAGUUUUUAGCUUGUGUGAUCGUCAUAAUUGCAUCGUGCAUCGGAGGGACUGCAGUUUGGAACCUGAAAAACGGGUGGUGGCCAGGUUACGUGAUGGCAUGCUCCUUUUGGUUCCUAGGGACACUAGGCUUACAGCUGCUCCCGAAGCAGCGGACCCCCAAGAAGUGGGGUAUCCCCUUCGUCCCGUGGCUUCCGUCUCUGUCGAUCGGGAUGAACCUGUUUCUUCUCGGUUCACUGGGCACCGAAGCAUUCUGGAGGUUCCUUAUCUGCACUGCAGUGAUGAUACUAUACUACAUUUUUGUCGGGGUCCAUGCAACUUAUGACGUGACCCACUCGACUGCUCCCGAUUCAAGAGCAGAAGCAGGGUUGUGAAUUGUACAUAGUAGGUAUGCUUUUAGUGGCUCUGUUGGUUAGUUAUAUGAACAGUAGAGAUUGGGGGGUUGGUAUUGGAUGGAUUGCCGCUUCCGAUCAAAGAAUUGUAUUUGGACUUCUUUUUACGUCUUUAGCCAAUUCGUGAUUCCGUUUCCUUUCCAGCUUUCA